AUGGAAGAAGACUCUCCUCGGCCGUUGAAAUAUGUCGAUAUCGGCAUCAAUUUAAGUGACCCUGUAUUCCGAGGCAGAUAUCACGGGAAACAAGCACAUGAAGACGAUUUAACCGACAUCAUUGAGCGAGCUCGCGAUGUUGGUUGCACAAAAUUCAUGGUUACGGGCUCUGACCUGAAGGAAUCAAAGCAUGCUAUUCAGAUCUCAAAAGAUUAUCCCGGAUUCUGUUAUGCCACUGUUGGCGUCCAUCCAUGCCAGGCCAAACAUUUUGAUAAUCAUCCAGGCGGACCCUCACAACUGAUCCAAGAACUCAGGGAACUAGUCCGGAGCUCAAAGGAGUCAGGUCACACUGUGGCCUUUGGAGAAAUCGGUCUAGACUAUGAUAGGCUAUUCCUCAGCACCAAAGAAGCCCAAUUAAAAUACUUCGAGGCCCAGCUUGAUCUUGCCGUCGAAAUUCAAUUGCCCCUUUUUCUUCACUCUCGCGCUGCUAGCGAAGACUUUGAGCGAUUGUUGAAACCUAGACUCGAGAAACUCCCCAAAAAGGGUCUUGUGCACAGUUUUACAGGUACAACUGAGGAAAUGCGGCGAUUAAUAGAUCUAGGCUUGGAUAUAGGGGUGAAUGGAUGCAGCAUGAAGACAGAGGAAAAUCUUGAAGUUGUGAAGGAAAUACCUCUGGAUCGGAUACAAAUCGAGACCGAUGGUCCAUGGUGCGAAAUCAGACCGUCACAUUCAUCGUCCAAGUAUCUGGAUGAUGCUCCGCCUUUGCCAAAAGCUGUCAAGAAAGAGAAAUGGAAAAAGGGCUGUAUGGUUAAGGGACGCAAUGAACCCAUUGCAAUCGCUCACGUUGCACACGUUAUUGCUCGGGUGAAAGACAUUUCUGUUGAGGAAGUUUGUGAAGCGGCUUGGAAUAACUCUAUUAAAAUGUUUGGUCUUGGAGAGACUAACUGA